CACAAGGAACAUGCCGUCUCAUGCCAUUUGCUUAGAAGUGAUGUGUUCAUCAUGUAGCUGGAUAGUAUAAAGAAACAAGUGUUCCUCCCUCUAUCAGCAAAAUCAUCCCAUCGAUCGAGCCAGCAAGCAAGCAAGAAAGCGAAGGUCUCAAACACACCACAACCAACAUAGUUGACAGUCGACAAAACACUUUUCCUCAAUAUGUUUUCUGAAGCCAAACCACUCCCUCCCGUCAAGAGAUUCAUCACCACCCAUGACUCCAAUGGAAACGCCAUCUGGGAUGAAACUAUCCCCAUUCAAGUUGAAGGAAACCGCAGCGGUGGCUUCACGACUCACGUCUCAUAUGUGAACGAGGAUGGCACCAAUACUCUGACAGGUGACAACGACCUCAAGUCAUACAGAGAAAAUCCCACCGAGAAGGACAUUGCUCCAGCUUCUGGCUCUGCCCUUCGAGUCGUCGACUUCUGGCCUGGCUUCCCCGCUAUCAUGCAUCGGACUGCAAGUGUAGACUAUGGCAUAAUCGUUGAGGGCGAGAUUGACUGCAUCCUCGACAAUGGGGCCACAAAGACCUUCAGCAGAGGUGACAUUAUCAUCCAGAGGGGAACUAACCACGCGUGGAAGAACACUGGAACUGAAGUUUGUCGCAUCUGCUUCACCCUUUUACCUUCUCCCCCCGUCAAGAUCCGAGGCAACGAGCUCGAGGUACACGGCUUCGCUGAUUUUCCGCGACUCGCAGAAGAAUCGACCGUCUGA